ACCAAUGGAGUCUUUCUCUGCUGAGAUCAAUUCAACUGACCUACUCUUACAGCAGUGGAGUAAGCCCCCAGAAAUUCUCUCCAUGGUCAUUCUCAGCCUCACUUUCAUAUUGGGAUUGCCAGGCAAUGGGCUGGUGCUGUGGGUGGCUGGCCUGAAGAUGAAACGGACAGUGAACACAGUUUGGUUCCUCCACCUCACCCUGGCGGACCUUCUCUGCUGCCUCUCCUUGCCCUUCUCACUGGUUCACUUGGCUCUCCAGGGAAAGUGGCCAUACGGCAGCUUCCUAUGCAAGCUCAUCCCCUCCAUCAUUGUCCUCAACAUGUUUGCCAGUGUCUUCCUGCUUACUGCCAUUAGCCUGGACCGCUGUCUUGUAGUACUCAAGCCAAUCUGGUGUCAGAAUCAUCGCAGUGUAGGGACAGCCUUCACUAUCUGUGGAUGUAUCUGGAUGGUGGCUUUUGUGAUGUGCAUACCCAUGUUCAUAUACCGGGAAAUAUUCACUAUAGACAACCAUAAUAUAUGUGGCUACAAAUUUGAUCCCUUUAACUCAUUCGAUUAUUCAGACUUCUAUGGAGAUCCACUAAAAAACGCGUCUUUUGAAAACAUGGUUCGGCUACCUGAAGAAAUGGAUGAUAGGUUAGAUCCUUCCUCUUUCCAAACAAAUGAUCAUCCUUGGACAGUCACCACUCCCCUCCAACCUCAAACAUUUCAAAGACCUUCUGCAGAUUCACUACCUAGGGAUUCCGCUAGAUUAACUACUCAAAAUCCAUAUUCUAAUAUAUUUAAACCUGCUGAUGUGGUCUCAACUAAAAUCCACAUUGAAGAUCAUGAAACUAGCCCACCAGAUAACUCUGAUGGUUUUCUCUCUACUCAUUUAGAGCUGUUUCCUAGGGUUUCUAGCAAUUCCUUAUAUGAGUCUGAGCUACAACAAGAUUUCCAGGAUUAUUACUAUUUAGGCCAAAUCACAUAUGACAAUCAAGUGCCAACACCCAUGGUGGCAAUAGUUAUCACCAGGCUAGUGGUGGGUUUCCUGCUGCCUUCUGCUAUCAUGGUCACCUGUUACAGCUUAAUUGUCUUCCGAAUGCAAACGGGCCGCUUCGCCAAGUCUCAGGGCAAAACCUUUCGAGUGGCCGUGGUGGUGGUCACUGUCUUUCUUGUCUGCUGGGCUCCAUACCACAUUAUGGGAGUCCUGUUACUGUUUAUUCAACCAGAAACUCCCCUGGGGGGAGCUCUGAUGUCUUGGGACCAUGUGUCCAUUGCUCUAGCAUCUGCCAACAGUUGCUUUAAUCCCUUCCUUUAUGCCCUCCUGGGGAAAGAUUUUAGGAAGAAAGCAAGGCAGUCCAUUCAGGGCAUUCUGGAGGCAGCCUUCAGUGAGGAGCUCACACAUUCUACCCACUGUUCCUCAAACAACGUCGUUUCAGAAAGAAAUAGUGUUGACACCACCGUGUGAAAAUACGGAGCAGCCAGCGAGCAGGGGCUCUUAGGUAUGAAUAUACAUAUAUAUAUUUUUUUAGGUAUGAAUAUUUCUAAAAGGAUGAAGAGAUAGGAUGAGCAGGGGA